AUUUUCACAAAUUCAGACAAGGCACAUGCCGCUAGUGUGCUCGGGAAGCUUGGAAUAGAGGACUGCUUUGAGACGAUUAUAUGCUUCGAGACUCUGAAUCCCACUGACAAUGCUGAUGAUUCUGUUGGUGCCGAAGAAACUGAAAAUAUUGAACAACCAAAUACUGGUUCUGUUAUUCCAAAGACCCCAGUUGUGUGCAAACCGUUUGAGCAUGCGUAUGAAGAAACUUUCAAGAUUGCAAACAUCAACCCCAAAAGAACGUUAUUCUUCGACGAUAGCAUUCGCAAUUUGCAAACUGCAAAGGAGUUGGGGCUCCAUACAGUAAUGAUUGGCACAUCUCACCGAACUAAAGGUGCGGAUCAUGCAUUUGAGAGCAUCCAUAAUAUCAAGGAAGCAUUGCCAGAACUCUGGGAAACCACUGAACAGUGUGAAAAUGUUCGAUAUUCGCGAGAGAUUGCAAUCGAACAGCCAGUACAAGCUUAGGCCAUUUUUAAGUUAUCUGAAAUGUUGCUGCAUUCAUUACAGGCAACCAUAUGGCUGAUGAGUUUUCUUAUUUGUUUAUGUGAUUUUCUCGUACAUUGGAAUUGUAGAAUUGUAUUAUAUAUGUAAGCUUAAUCAAGCAAUACUGUUUCUACCAUGCUGGAAAGCCCCUUCUUUUCAUGACAGUAAAACUGUUUCUACCAUAUUUAUUUUUCA